UACAGGUUUUUCGCCAAACCUCCAUAUAUUAAACACCAACGAAGAAGAAAGAAUAUGACGUAUCCAUCGACGCUUUCGCCGGAAGCACUAGUGUGCGUCUUUACAGUCUUUGCCUGUGUGUGUUCUUUUUUUUUUUUUAGUUUUGGAAAAUGUCACGGAGCAUUUAGACAACUUUUCAUUAUGAAGUGAAUCCAUCGGGAUUAAUUUAGUUAGCUUGUGGCUAACGGUUAGCCCGGGAAAAGCCACAGUAGGUGCUGUUAGCUGUGACAGUCAGUCCGGGGAUUUAGACGUCAGUGCCAACAUGGCAGCAGGUAACCAGGGUCCAGCCUCGGCAGGUGAACACAAGACUCCUUCACGCAGACACACUGAUGCGAACAGGAAGUUGAAGUACAUCAGUUUGACUGUAUUGGUGAUCCAGAAUGCCUCGCUCAUCCUCAGCAUCCGUUACGUGCGGACGUUGCCGGGAGACCGCUUCUUCACCACGUCCGCUGUGGUCAUGGCUGAGGUCCUGAAGGUCUUCACCUGCCUCAUCGUCAUCCUGUUCCAGAAGAGAGGAAACAUCAGGGACUUUGUAGCCUUGCUGUACGACUCUAUAGUGGUGCAGUAUUGGGACACGCUGAAGUUGGCGGUUCCGUCGCUUAUCUACACGCUACAGAACAACCUGCAGUAUGUGGCCAUCUCGAAUUUACCAGCUGCCACGUUCCAGGUAACCUAUCAGCUGAAGAUAUUAACGACAGCGCUGUUCUCGGUGCUCAUGCUGAGGAAGAGCCUGUCCCGUGUCCAGUGGAUCUCUCUGCUCCUCUUGUUCGCCGGUGUGGCCAUCGUCCAGCUGGAGCAGGACGGCAGCAAGAAGAAGGAGGCCAUCGUCUCGGCCGGCUCUCAGAGCUACGUGAAGGGCCUGCUGGCCGUGAUCGUGUCUUGCCUGUCGUCGGGCUUCGCAGGCGUUUACUUUGAGAAGAUCCUGAAAGGAAGCAGCGCCUCACUCUGGCUCCGAAACGUGCAGCUGGGGCUCUUCGGGACGCUCCUUGGCCUGCUCGCCCUGUGGUGGAACGACGGCGCGCAGAUCGCCGAGCAGGGCUUCCUGUUCGGCUACACGCCCACGGUAUGGGGCGUGAUUUUCAACCAGGCGUUCGGCGGCCUUCUGGUGGCCGUGGUGGUCAAAUACGCCGAUAACAUCCUCAAGGGCUUCGCAACCUCCUUCUCCAUCGUGGUGUCUACGGUCACGUCCGUCUACCUCUUCGGUUUCCACGUGGACGUCCUGUUCACGCUCGGCGCUGGCCUCGUCAUCGGCGCCGUCUACAUGUACAGUCUACCCAAAGCUGCGGCUCCGCCCACCGGCGCCGACUCCUUCCCUUCCUCUUCCUCGUCCUCCUCUUCCUCGCAGACGGACGGGUUCCUUCCAAAGAGCCUAGAAAAGGAGAAAGGAAGCUAAAAUAUGAAGAGAGAAGGGGAUGGGAAUGAAGGUCUUCGGAUGCUACUUCAAAUAACAUUUCUUAAACUUUUUAUAUAACAAAGAUAUUUCUUCCUGGAGCACUACAGAAUGUACUAGAAGUUUGUUCUCUAACAUUUACUGUACUUUUUCUGUUUUUACAAUUACACUUUGCUUUUUUUUAAAAAAAAAGGCUAUAUAGCCUAUAAUAUAUAUAUAUUUGUAUAUGUGCAGUGACUUGCAUAAGUAUUCACCCCCUUGAUCUUUUCCACAUUUUGAUUAUAUAUAACAAAUCUACACAAAAUGGCCAGAAAUACUGAACCUGGUCAUUUCCAGCUUGUAACACUAUAAACUGUAGAAUAGUUCAAUUAAAACAAAUAUUAUUUUUUUUAUGUUGUAAUGACAUCUUAAAAGAUGAGGGUUUUUUUCUCAUCGCUUUUACAUAAACAAUUAGAGGUUUCAGCUGCUGAAACAGAAGCUUAAACUUUUUAUAUGUAUAUGAAAAUUUUUUUUACACUUAAUAGUGAAGACACAAGACUAUAUAAAAAAAAACUGGAAUUUGAUAGAGUAUGUUUUAAAAUACAUUAAUACGAUCUUUUACGAUUUUUAUCAGCAGAGGAAAAAAGGAAGCUGUAUAAUUUUUAUGCAGAUUUUUUUUUGGAGCUGAUUUCAUGUGAUACGCAUCAACUUUAUAUUCAUCUCGGGAAGCACGUCUCAAGCUUUUUACUGUACACUUGUCUGUUUUGUAUCCAUCAUUUAAAGAUGUUUUUAAUUUUUAUAACACUAAGCUGCCUUACAUGAUGUCUGUAUUUGUGUGUGUGUGUGUGUGUGUGUGUGUGUGUGUGUGUGUGAGAAUUUACCUGAAAAGAAUAUUAGAGUUCAACAUUUAUUAGAUUUUAUCCAGUUACAUUUCCGUGAUUAACCUGUAGAUGGUGCUAAACAUUUUUUUUUUACCUGAAUAAAAAGCUUUUGGACGCAUGAAUACAUGUUUAAUAAAGAUUUUGGAGUUGAGAACUUCA